UGUCCUUUGGGGAGACUUUGAGAGUCCAAGCUACCCCAUUUAUACCUUAUCUUGCCUAGUGUCAGCUCUGUGUAUAAUCCUCUUGCUCCCGGUGCGCGAAGGGGAAGCCUCAGGGCCCUGCCUGGGCUGGCUGGGUUCUGCCCAGGAACAGGAGCUCACAGGCUCUCAGCAGGGCAACUGUUAACUCCCGGUGGUUGUGCUUCCUUGAGAUCAUGCUGAUGUCACAAGUGUAACUCGAGCUGGGAGCUUUGUUCACACUUUAAAUAGCAGUCCCGGAAUGAUCCUGCCACAGACUCCGCCGAGCCUGGGAGCUGAGUUCCUGGAGAUCUCACGACAUCGAUGAAAGCAAAGCGAAGAAGCCACCAAGCCGUCGCCAUGUCCACGUCGCUGCGAGUGAGCCCGUCCAUCCACGGCUACCACUUCGACACAGCCUCUCGGAAGAAAGCCGUGGGCAAUAUCUUCGAAAACAUAGACCAAGAAUCACUACAAAGGCUCUUCAAAAACUCUGGCGACAAGAAAGCUGAGGAGAGAGCGAAGAUCAUAUUUGCCCUAGACCAAGAUUUGGAGGAGAAAACCCGGGCGCUGAUGGCCUUGAAGAAGAGGACGAAAGACAAGCUGCUCCAGUUCCUGAAGCUGCGGAAAUAUUCCCUGAAGGUCCACUGAGGAGGACAGGACGGAUAGGGACCUUAUCCAAGACUGGACGUUUCCAGAGUGAGUUUGCAAGACCCGAACAAGGGCAGCAUCUUGCUGCUGUCUUGCAAGUUUCUCCAUGGAGACUCAGAGGUUGGAAGGGAGCACGGCGGAGUGCCCACAGACUCCAAGCAAUCUCGUGGCCGGUGCUGUUGCCUGGAGGAGGGAGUGCUCCAGCAAGCACUGCAAACUUUCAGCGCAGGAAAGGACUGUCACUGCGUGGGGAGCCUGGACAGACGCAGAGCCAGAGACAGAAGAUGGAUGGCUAGGAAGACAGCAGGCACCAGAGUCACUUGCCAGGCCAAAGGACUUGACUUAAUCCCACUGAUUUCUCUCUCUCUCUCUCUCUCUCUCUCUCUCUCUCUCUCUCUCUCUCUCUUUCUCUCUCUCUCCCUCUUCCUCUCUUUUUACUGUCUCUAUCAAACUGGGCAGGGAGAGGGAGGAUAAACCGAGAAUGCCUAGCACAUAUUGUUUACUGAAAUUUUUUUAUUAGAAUUUUCAAAAUGUUGUCUAGCUGUUAAUGCUGUCUGUGGACAUCGACCCUUAGGCAUCAGUAAUUAUUUAUUGGCAUUCAUGACAGAGCCUGAGAAAAUGGACCGCACAGUGUAAAGUACAUAUUGAAGGAGUUGCAAUGACUUUUGCCACCUUCUGGCCUGUUUGUAAAGGGCUUUUAUACAUUUCAAACUCGCACAAAAGUUGAAAUAAUGGGGUCGUUCAUAAAUCCAAAGUACUGUGAACAUUUUUGUAAUUACUUUUUAUCAUCUGACUAAUGCUAAAAUGUAAUCUAGUUAAAUUUGUUACAAGUACUUCAAUAAGCAUUAGGAAGUGAAUAUGACAUAUUAGUUUAUACAGAUGCUAUGGUUUCUAUAAUUUAUUAUACAUGGCAAGUGAUAUGCAACUCUAAUAAAUUAUAAGAUUAGCUGCUAUUGGUCUGUAAUGUUUGGUCUUAGAGGAAAAAAUGAGAUGGUGACUUUUGAUUAUUAUAAACUUUUCUGCAGAUUCAACUCUAAAAAUAAAUGGUGCUUUUGGAGUA